GCGCAGUGACGCAAACCUGGGAAACAGCAACUCGUGCCUGCCGUAGUCUUCACCCCGGUGCCGAACCUUACGCACACGCGGCAGGCGUGCAAGAAAAGGGCCCCGUAUUGCCAACUCUAGCUCCUUCCUUCCUGCAAUGAAGCCACCCAAAAAAGCCACUCGGCGCCGAAACAAACUAUGGCGGUCCGUUGUUACUCUCAGCAUGCCUGCCUUGUCGGCAUCACGACACGACCCUCUGGAGCUUAAUGGAAGCUGUAACCAACCCUGCAGGUGCUUUCCUCCUCCUGCUAAGAGCUUGCAGUCUGAUGAGGUGUUGACUGUUGACCGCGGAGACGGUGGGCUUGAAGGAGGCUAUCGGCGAGUUUCGUCGAUUCAAACGAGUGACGCUGAUCGAAGGAAACGGCUUGGUGGUCCACACGCCCUUUUAGGUGAACUCCGGGAGCAAUAGUGGAAGCUCUUCCAGACGAGCCUCGUCAGCCCUCGGUGCCUUUGAUGUCUUUGUCAAUGGCGAAGCAGACCGA